AUGUGGCGCAAGUGCAUUUCUCGUCGCGCUGGCGUGGCCGCACCCGCCGUAAGCGUCCGCAGCAUUCUUCUUCGGGAUCUCCGAACCAGUGUGGAGAUCAGCAAAGGGGAAAUGAAAUACCCAGCGGUGCUGCUCUGGCGAUGGAAAAGUAACCGCCAAAAACAUCUUGUGCUCAGCGUGCAAGCUCCCGAUGGGACCGAGGGCGAGUCGUCGGCAGAGCCCAACUCAAAACUACUCCCUGUGUCAGCGCCUACCCCUGCAGAUUAUUUUUUUGGCCGUGUAUUUCUUAGGCCAUAUAACGUUGCACAGCUUUUGGCUGUGCUGGAGGGGAAGGCGCCGCAUGUGGAGUUAAUUAGAGAACAUGCGUCGCUGUAUCUUGGACCUGUCGCAAUCCCCUCCUCAGGUGACUCUGGGCACAGAUGCGCAAAGGGGGCAAAUGGGGCUUUAACCGCAUUGCCUUCGGCCUAUUCACUCGCUGGUAAGUUGACAGUGAAGGUGCAGACGAAUAAUCAGUCGGCGUCUGUGGACGAUGAGCUGCCUCAAGAUGAUGAUUAUGAAAAUGAUGAGGGCCGCGCGGGGGCGACGUACAAACUUGACGAUCGACGCAACUUUCGGGCAACUGUAAAGGGAGAGGAUCUGAUUUUUAUCAUGAAGCACCUUGACGCAGUGCUCGGCGAUAUGUUUGGCAUUGAGCACCAGUACCACUCAAGAGUGGCCUUGGAAAUCCUUCAGAAGCAUCGUCUAGGAGGCAUUCAAUCCUAUAACAGAAAUAAUGGUUCACAAUUGCAACCUGUGCCACGCUACAGGAGCGAAUCGCUUUACACAACAAAAGCGCAGACGUUAUCUGAGGAUUCAGCAACAACAACGCCGAUGGCGACACCAUCGUCAGUGGCAACAAAAACAACAAAGGGAGGCGAUAAUAGUGUUGGGGACUUGAGCUUUGCGGCUGCUUCCGGAUUGGCUGGUGUGGCUCUUGGUGCUGCUGCGACACCUCUUUUCAGCAAAGGGACCUCGGUGAUAGAACCUGAGGACGUGAAUGAAGACUCCGUGGAUCUGAGGGAAGUAGAAGAAGAGGUGGAUAUCCCGUACGAUAGCACACACUCCCCAGCUACCCCUGCCGCACUUUUUGUCGACCACGAUGAAAAGCAUGACGAUGAGGAGGAGGACUUUAAUGAAGAUAAAGCGGGUGAAUUAAAGGAAUUUGAGAAAGAAGACCCAGAGGAGGGUGCUGCCCAAGCAAAUGGGGAGCAUGGGAAAGACAAUGAGCAUGGCGAUGAGAACGAGAGUGAAGGUGAUGAUGUUGAUAACGACGAAGAAGACGAUGAAGACAAUGAUGACGACGACGACGACGAUGAAGACAAUGACGACGAGGACGAAGACAAUGACCACGAAGAUGAUGACGACGACGACGAUGAAGACAAUGACCACGAAGAUGAUGACGACGACGACGAUGAAGACAAUGACCACGAAGAUGAUGACGACGACGACGAUGAAGACAAUGACCACGACGACGAUGAUGAUGACGACGAUGAUGAAGACAAUGACCACGACGACGACGAUGAUGAAGACAAUGACCACGACGACGACGAUGAUGAAGACAAUGAUGAUCACGACGAUGAUGAUGAUGACGACGACGACGACGACGAUGAUGAUAAUUAA